AAAGGUUAUCGUUGGUCACUGCUUGGGUGGCUUGGCGAUCUCUCAAGCAAUGGAAAGGUUUCCUGAGAAGAUUUCUGUAGCCGUUUUUGUUGCUACCAUAGUGCGUGGUCCGACCCUCAACAUUUCCACACUAAUUCAACAUAUGUCCGGCGGGCACCAUUCAAUGGACAAUCGGUACAUAUAUGAUGAUGGCCCUGACAACCAAUAGGCUUUGGCACUGGCAACCAUGUUAUUGAGACCAAAUCGUUUAUUUAGUGUUGAUGUCAAGUCAAGGGAACUAGUGUUAACGAGUGAGAAAUAUGGGACGGUUAAUCGGGUUUUCAUGGCUGCGGAAUACGAUUUGAUCUACGAGGAGGGCGUACAGCGGUGGAUGAUCCAACAGAACCAGCCCGAUCAAGUGGAAGAGAUCAAAGGGUCUGAUCACAUGGUCCUGAUGUCUAAGCCAGUAGAGCUUUUCAAUCUUCUGUUAAGCAUUGCUAUGAAAUACAAGCCGGAGGAAGGACAAGAGCAUUUUGCAGCGUGACAUUCUGUAAAAUAAAUCAGUGAUGGGAUUCUAAAUUGUUGGAUUUUCUGUUUUUUAAUAAGUAAAAAGUUAGUCCUAUUAUUGUUCUUCCUGUUUCAAGCAUUUUUUUUCUUAUAAGUUUUAGCUGAUUUGCAUGUGAUCCAGGUCAGUCAAAUUUAUAAAAUGGGCGAUAGACCACGGCCCAAAUGCACAUCAAGCUGAAUGUUCUCCCAUUUUCCCUUUGAGUAUUUGAGGAUCCAGGAUUUCAUUGUCUCUAUGUUCUUUCAUUCAAAAGAUAAAGCCAACUUCCUGGAAAGUUACAAUCUUGUCCAACCUUAAAUUGAUGAGCUUUGUCAAACGGCAGAAAGUAACCAACCCAGAGAACAUGGAAGAGAAGCAGAAGCUCAUGGUCUUAGUUUCACUUCUGAUUUACUACGUUCCUGCCAUUGUACUUGGAACUUCAUCCGAACCACCAAAGCACUUCGUGCUGGUGCAUGGGUCCUGCCAUGGUGCUUGGUCAUGGCACAAGCUGGUGCCACUGCUAAAAUCAGCGGGCCACAACGUCACCGCCAUAGACCUGGCAGGAUCAGGGGUGGAUCCACAGCAAGUGAACACUCUCAGAUCGAUUUCUGAUUACAUCAAGCCAUUAAGGGACUUCAUGGAAUCUCUACCUGUUCAACAGAAAGUCGUCCUUGUUGGCCACAGCUUAGGCGGUGUGGCUAUCUCUCAAGCAAUGGAAAGGUUUCCUGAGAAGAUAUCUGUAGCUGUUUUUGUCACCGCCUUGAUGCCUGGCCCAACCCUCAAUAUUUCAACUCUCAGUCAAAGGGCAUUUAAGGAGCAAGAUUCCCAAAUGGACAGCCGCUACACUUACGAUAAUGGUCCCAACAACCCCCCAACUACCUUUGUUUUUGGUCCCUUGUACCUCUCUUCCCGGGUCUACCAGCUUAGCCCACGUGAGGAUUGGGCAUUGGCUAAUAUGUUGAUGAGACCAAUACGUUUGUACAGCAUGGAAGACAUGUCAAGAGAACUAGUACUUUCCGAGAAGAGAUACGGGUCGGUUAAUCGGGUUUUUAUAAUUUCGGAAAAAGACAUGGUCUCAAAGAAGGAUUUAGUAUAUUGGAUGAUUGAGAAAAACCCGCCCCAUCAAGUACAAGAGGUCAAAGGAUCCGAUCAUAUGGUCAUGAUGUCCAAGCCUAAACAACUUUGCAAUCUUCUCCUAAGCAUUGCUACGAAAUUAUGCUAAUAUUAUUCAAAAAAUAAUAAUGAUAAAAAAUAAAGAAUGUUUAAGUUUACU